AUGUCCCGUCCCUCUCUUCCGACGCCGUGUCCCACGGGAUCGCGAGGAUUCAUCAUUAUCGACAGUGCGACCACGACAGACGAGAACACCGAAAACAUUGAAUAUACGCGCGCAUUCCAACCGCUCCAGCCACGGAGACGGUCGAUGAUGUUCAGCAAACCUGCCAGCAAAGCCCCUCCACGAAGAAAUAACAACCACAAUCUGGAGGAUUUGAGGGAGGAGGAGGAGCUGUAUCUCAGCCAGCAGCGUCCGGUGCCAGAGAUGAAGAAGACAUUGCUUGGUAAGCCCGCKCAGAGAAUGCCAGUCAGAAGACAGGGACUGUCGCAGCCAGAGCAUGAGACAGCACAAGAGGUAAUACAACCCCAGAGAGAGCACAGGGCGAGUGGGAUAUAUGGCGCAGUGAAGGAACGAGAUACGCGGCGACGAACCAUGUUUAUACCUGACGACACGACCAUUAUGACGAUACAUCCGGGAGCGAACGACGCCACGUAUCGGUUGGACGACACCUUCCAGCUCGGAUUGGCUGAUCUGACUCUGGAUUCUGUUGGAGAGACAAUUGGGACUAAGAAGCCCAUGCGGAGACCUAGGAAGUCUCUCGCUGCCGCUCCGAAGAGGAUACCAUUGGGUCAGAUGCAGGGAAACUCGAUGGCAACGAACUACGAUGGCCCGGGAGCUGACACUGGCAAAGAGAAUGAGUCGCCGGAACGGCCUUGGGAUGGUGUGCAGAAGAGGACUUUCAAGGUUCCACUGGGAGAGUCCAAGUUGACUGCGCUUCGCCAGGCAAACGCACCUCGCCAGUCCAUCGGUGGUGCCAUGAAGCCAUCAUUGCCCGUAUCAAGGCCCAGAACAUCUGAAAAUGCUCGCACUACCACCGGUCGGAAAACAACGAGCCCACCGGCGUUGAAGCUUAGCAGUCUGAGCGAAGCACCAGAGAAGACCAGCUCAUAUCGCAGCAAUGCUGUGAUGACCUCGAAACCGACCUACGGUCGAAUGCAUUCUGUCUACCCUAGAAGAAGCCCACAGGCCCCACCAAGCGUCUCGCUCAAGGAAACAAUAUCACUGCGCCGAAGCGAGAUGCAGACAGCAAAGAUCAACCAAUAUCCGGUCUUGUCCAACAACCUCGCCCAUCCGGAACUGUACGAGGACAAAUGGCUGAGUCACCAGGAAGUGGCAUUGACGCACAUCAUCAACGAGAUGUUCUCCCGAGCUGGAAUUGAUGUGGAUCAUUCGCCAGAGUCGCACGAAUCGUUGAGGUGUAGCUUGRUCGGUCUUUACGACCAACCCAAUGUGGCUGACGUGCACCAACACCUGCACGCGAGUGUCCAAUUUGGCGCACUCAGACCGAACCAAUCUUCCGAUUUCGCGCCGAACGUCACCAGAGACAUCGGUUUGAGGAAGCGAUUCAUCAACCUUUUCGUCCAGAACUACACAGAGCCUGCACUCCGAGCUGCCGUGGAGGUUGUUGUGGGUAGAAGGAUGCCACCCACCACUCGACGAUCCGUAGAAGGCGAUCUGAAGAUGGGUGAGAAGAUACUGGAUCCUCACGCCGAUAGAAGGUCGCUCAUUGGAUUUCUGGAGACUUUCUUCGUGGACUGCGCAGAUACGGACCAGGAUGUUGAGGAUAUGAGCCGUGAGAAGAAGGUUUUACAACGCAGCCUGAUGCUGAUAUGGCUUCUGGACCAUGCCAAAACGACUGGCAUCAUUCCAGGACUUCUGUUCAAGACUGGUGCGUCGAUGAAGUCUUCACUGGCGACGCUCCAGGAACUGGGCCGCAUCCUCCUUCCAACGACACCGGAUAUCGCGAAGGCGUUGAAGCUGAUGGGCUUCACUCUUGGACACAUGCAAGCUCCGCUGGAUGAGGUGAUCUUUCGUGUCGACAACCUAGCCGUCGACCUUCGCGAUGGUAUCUUCAUCACGAAACUGGUGGAAUUGGCCCUUCAGUCCUCCAACCAAGUGUCGUGCAAGGACCUCAGAGUGCCUUGCUUCGGCCAUGCCUCAAAGAUAUACAAUAAUCAGAUCGCUCUGACCGCACUCCGAACUGCGCAUCUACGGGCCGGCUUGGUCCCAGUGGAUGUCACCGCAGCUGACAUCGUAGACGGACACCGAGAGAAGACGUUGGUAUUGAUCUGGAGCAUUGUUGGUCAAUACGGUCUGUCUCAAAUCGUGGACUGGCGGGAGCUCUGCGCGGAGAUUCGUCGUGCUGGAGGCGAUAUCGAUACACCGGUAGGAUCUUUCAGCAGGGAAGAUCAAGAAGUCCUUUUACAGUCCUGGGCUGCCGUUCACGCUUUCAACCACAACGUUGAAAUAACGAACCUCACCACCUCGUUCGCUGCAGUGGGAGCUUACACGGCAAUUCUAUCGGCUUUUACCAACGCAUCUGGAGGUUUGGAAAAGCAGCUCCUGAGUUUGGAAUUCCCAGCUACGUGGAUCAAGCAUUUACUGGGCACGCUGUGUACAGUCCCGAACAAGAUCACUACCCUCGAGCCUUCCGCGCUAGGCGAGAGCGGACUGUGA